AAAAGAUAGCUUGUGAUUGUACUUCUCUGGCAUCUCCUUUGAAACAAAACGUGUUUCAUUCUGCUACAUUCACUCCAGCUGGAAGACUGUAUAAAUAAGUCAUCCCUCAAGACGCUACAGUUUUCUACAAUUUCCACGAACGCGAGCAAAAGAAUCGAAGAGAAAGGAUUGGAUAACGGACCUUGACAGAAAUUUGUUUUAAGAUUACAUACAAGAACUUCUACUAAAAGCAACAAUUAACAGACAUGGCAGUGGGAAAGAAAUAUUUCGACUCUGCCGCCCUGCUCCAAAUUACAGUGGCUCUGUCUAUGAUGAGACCAGAGCUUCAAGGAUUUGUCGGACAAAAUACAACGCCUCCGAUGCCGGUGAAUCUGGGCUAUCCACAAAACUACACCGGAGUGGCUUUCGCUCCAAGCAGCACCAGCAACAUGCCGAACUUCCACCUCGCCGCGAAGGAAGCCGCUGCAAACUACAACAAUCCUCUGAGCGAGUUUUUAGACUGGCAGACAACGGGCCAAAAUCAGUUCGACUCGGAUGCCAUAGCCAUGCUCUUCAAUGGAGAAAGCCAUGCUCCAAGGGAGGCACGGACUUCGUUCAGCACCGAAUUGGAAAGUGGUUACAGUUCGGAUGGAGGUCGUUCACCGUCUGCUCUGUCGUCUGUGGGAGGUUCCCCUCAACACGAAGCAAACUUUGGAGAUGUGCAAACCCCUGAAGCCGAUUUCUUCGGUGCUACUGGUUUUACCCCAACGGAAGACGAUCUGUUGAAAUCAUUAGAUUUUGAACUGGAAGAUUACAUUGAUCUAGACUCUAUCUACGAAGGGCCGCCACAGAAGAAAGCGUUUUUACCUGAAGAACUCCCUUACCCAAAUAUCAAGACUGAGCCAUUACCAAGCCCCGAUGACACAUAUGGCAGAAAGUUUCCCAACUCUCCGCAAGAUCUUAAUGUUCUGAAUGAUCCCAACCGCAAGAACCCCUUUGAAGAACCCUUCAACCUCGAAGGCUUCGAAGAGCAAUUCUAUAACCCGUUCUCGAUCGAUUUCGCUCCAGCGAACGAGGAAUUACAACAACCAGGAACUGAGACGGACACAGUGUUCGAUUUUGACUCGUUCGCAGAUAAUAUCGACUAUAAUGCCGAUCUACCCCUCGACUUGUUUGACCCAAGACCGCAGGGGCAAACACAAGCAGUGGAAAGCAAACAUGACAAUCUGCUUCCCCUUGGCCAGGAGCCCUUGCCAAUUUUUUCAGAAGCCACUGCAACGAGAAACGACAGCGGAUUUCCUUCUACCGAUACAUCCUUAACUACUGCCGUGAAUGGAGAAUGGCAGAGAGCUACUCUUCCUCUGUUGACAAGUGCAACAAUAAAGCAAGAAAAACCAGAGAGUGGAAGCCUAUCAAGGCCAUCGACAAGUACACCCACUCGGUUCACACCCACAAAAGCUCCUAAGGAUUUCACUGGUUCAAAGCCAGCAUUUGUUGCUUCUGGAGCAUCACGGUUCCCAGCAUCAGAAGAUGAAAUAGUUGACAUGAGCAUCAGUGAAUUCAGCAGCUUUUUGGAAACACUGUCAGAUGCUGAAGCACAAAAGGCCAGGGACAUACGCAGAAGAGGAAAGAAUAAAGUUGCUGCUCGAUUGUGUCGCAAAAGAAAGAUCGAGCUCGUCAGUGACAUCGAGGCUGACAUUGACACUCUGCGAAAGAAGAAGGAGGACAUUGUCAAGGAAAGAAAGAAACUCCAGGCUGAAAAUGCCUACUAUAGGAAUAAAAUAAGUGAACUAGAGGAUCACCUCUUUCAAAGUUUGCGAGAUGAGAGUGGCCGACCACUUUCAUCAAAAGAGUACUCUCUUUUCCAAGGUGCUAAUGGUAGUAUAUAUGUAGGAAAAAACAUAGAUAGUGAAUCAAGAGGCAAGAAACCUAGUAAUAAGAAGUAAUACAGAUGUAGUAAGAAUGGUGGUGUAAAAUGAUCAGACUUGAAUGUUGUUUGAGCACAGAUUUUCAGGUCGUUACACUCAAAGGAUUUUGAAGACUCCUACUUCAGAAUUUGAGUGGGGGUGCCAAGCACUUCAUAGUUUACAGAUGUCAUAGAACACUGAAUUGUUUGUAUUCGUGGAGAAAUACCCUGAGCCAGAAUUUGUUACUUCUCAGUGGCCAAAAGUUGAGUAAUACAUCGCACAUUUACCACUUGUAAAAAGGAACUCUGUAUUUAUUUAGCUGAUGGAGGUAUUUUCGGAACUGAUUUUUCAAAGGAAAGUUCAAGUAGCCAUCGUUGAAAAGUUAUGUUGAGAAUUUUGUCUCAUUGUUGUAUAUGUCACUUUAAUUUCAAGUUUCAACCAGAACUUCAAGUUCAUCCAAAUCAUGAUGUUCAAUUUAAUCACAUCUUUCAAAUACACUAGAAAAUAUAAACUUAGCUAGUGGACUUGUUGCUAGGGGUACAUUUCCUGGAUGGUAAGGUUUUCAUGUUAAAGAUCUGUCUUACGUUAAGAAAAGGCAGUAGCCAAUAUUGUAUUGGUACAAGUGUUUGUUUACGUUAGUAAAAGAAAAACACACUUUUACAUUUCUACAAAAUACUAACUGUAAAUUUUGUAAAUAAUUAUUCAUAGGUUAAAUAUUUGUUUAAAACUGUUUUUAUAACUUAAGUAUAGGAUAAAUCAUCCAAAGAGAGUAGAGUCUGUAGUAGUUUCAGAACUUCCAUUUUACGAGGAAAAAAAGAGUAAAACAAAGAAAAAAAUUCAUUAAAUGAAACUUUUAAAGGAA